CCCGGAUCACGUGGUCGCGGCAGCGCCCCCUGGCGGCGGCGGGCGCGCGCGGCGAUGGCGGCGGCGGCCGGGGAGGGGGGUCAGUGCUCCGUGUACUUCUGCGGGAGCAUCCGCGGCGGGCGCGAGGACCAAGCACUGUAUGCGAGGAUCGUAUCGCGGCUGCGGCGCUAUGGGAAGGUGCUCACUGAGCACGUGGCUGCUGCAGAGUUGGACCCGCGUGGGGAGGAGGCUGCUGGGGGUGACGAGCUCAUCCAUGAACGGGACCUGGCCUGGCUGCGGCAGGCAGAUGUGGUUGUGGCCGAAGUGACCCAGCCAUCUCUGGGUGUUGGCUAUGAACUGGGCCGGGCAGUAGCUCUUGGAAAGCAAAUUCUAUGCCUGUUCCGACCACAGUCUGGCCGAGGGGGCAGGGGCAGGGAGCAGAGUGGGGAACGUGGAAGGAAGUCAGUGUCAUUCUCCCCCUCCCCAGUGCUUUCCGCCAUGAUCCGGGGAGCAGCAGAUGGCCGGAAGUUCCAGGUGUGGGACUAUGCAGAGGAAGAGCUGGAGAGCACGCUGGAGCGAUACUUUGAAGCUUAUCCUCCUCAGGGGACAGCUACGCCCAGCAACCCAAGUGCCUGACUUAACCCUACUUUAUUAAAACAAACAAACAAAAA